AUGUUUGGGUUAUCGACUACAACGUCGAGCAACGCGGAGUAUCAUCGUGUUCCGGACGACAACGAUGCUAUCGACAAGGAAAGACAUGGCGACCUCACAACUCAAGACAUCGAACUAGGAAUUCCAGGGGGCAGAGAUGAGCCUGCAGUUGAGAGAAAGCAGGAAAGUGGACGUGUCCAUGCAACCGCUUGGUUGGACGGCCUGAGGGGCUUCGCUGCAUUCUUCGUGGUGCUCCACCACAUGACCAUCAUAUGGUUUCCUUGGAGUGUUUACAAUGCAUACGGAGCUGAUCCCGAUAGCUAUCUAUUUUUCCAGCUACCCAUCGUUCGACUGAUCAUUACCGGACACAUACAGGUCGCCAUAUUUCUUGUGAUAUCGGGGUAUGCGCUCAGUCUCAAGACCUUGAAGUUCCUUCACAAAGGCCAAGUGGGCGAAGCGCAUAACGCGCUGGUGUCCUCGGCCUUCCGCCGACACCCGCGUCUCUUCAUUCCGCCGAUUGUGGUGUGCUUCUUUUCGAUGUUCUUCGCUUGGAUGAACUGGUACGGUAACGGCGCCCGGAUGCCAGGUGCUGCAACGCCCGUCGUUAACCCACCAAUAUUCGAAUCAUUCUGGGAUCAGCUCAUCGAUUAUCUGAAGUGGUGUUGGCGGCUGGCAGAUCCGUUGACGAGGGCAGUACCAUCUGGAGAAUGGGUUUACGACAACCCUCUGUGGACCCUUCCAUACGAGUUCCGGGGCUCAUUUCUUGUUUAUGGUAUCUUGUUGGCCCUCUCGCGAGCCCGCCCUGUGGUCAGGAUUAUCACUACGGCUUUGCUCGCCAUACACGCUUUGUGCUUCGUCUACCAUACCAUGUUUCUCUUCAUUGUUGGACUGCUCAUUGCCGAUCUGAAGCUCUGGGACCCCGACGUUGCCGGCUUUGUGCAGGAUCUUGCCGACAGAGUACACAUAAAACUGCCUGCGAUACGACUGGGCAAAACGGAAAGACACCAACGCUUUUUGUGGGGUGUGCUCUCCUUGUUUGGGUUCUUCGUCGCAUUGUGGAUUGGCAGCAUUCCGAACUUCCACCGCGGUGGCAAGGAUGCAUUUGGCUAUCGAACUCUGAGUGCUCUCAUUCCCAUGAAUUGGCAUGCUCAAGGUCAGCAGGACAAUUAUUGGGUGUGUAUAGCUGCCGCGCUUCUCAUUUUCGUUGUCGACCGAACGCCUCUGCUGCAAAAACUCUAUACCAACCGGCUUGGUUUGUUUCUUGGGCGAAUCUCGUUCGCCCUGUAUCUGGUACAUGUACCAAUCUUGCAUAGCUUUGGGUGGUGGGCUGGCAAUACUUUCAUCAAGAUGACAGGAUCAGACACUUUUGCAGGCUAUGACUUUGGCAUCGCGAUCGCCUGGAUCCUGGACUUGAGUAUCACUAUAGUCGUUGCUCACUUUGUUGAACGAUUUGUGGAUGCCAAGGCGGUGAGGUUUGCUGGUUGGCUUUACCAAAAGUUCGGAAAGGGAGCAUGA